UCGGACUGGGAGCGAGCGCAGCGCAGGCACUGAAGGCGGCGGCGGGGGCCAGAGGCUCGGCGGCUCCCAGGUGCGGGAGAGAGGCCUGCUGAAAAUGACUGAAUAUAAACUUGUGGUAGUUGGAGCUGGUGGCGUAGGCAAGAGUGCCUUGACGAUACAGCUAAUUCAGAAUCACUUUGUGGAUGAAUAUGAUCCUACAAUAGAGGAUUCCUACAGGAAACAAGUAGUAAUUGAUGGAGAAACCUGUCUCUUGGAUAUUCUCGACACAGCAGGUCAAGAGGAGUACAGUGCAAUGAGGGACCAGUACAUGAGGACUGGGGAGGGCUUUCUUUGUGUAUUUGCCAUAAAUAAUACUAAAUCAUUUGAAGAUAUUCACCACUAUAGAGAACAAAUAAAAAGAGUUAAAGACUCUGAAGAUGUACCUAUGGUCCUAGUAGGAAAUAAAUGUGAUUUGCCUUCUAGAACAGUAGAUACGAAACAGGCUCAGGACUUAGCAAGAAGUUAUGGAAUUCCUUUUAUUGAAACAUCAGCAAAGACAAGACAGAGAGUGGAGGAUGCUUUUUAUACAUUGGUGAGAGAGAUCCGACAGUACAGAUUGAAAAAAAUCAACAAAGAAGAAAAGACUCCUGGCUGUGUGAAAAUUAAAAAAUGCAUUGUAAUGGGUGUUGACGAUGCCUUCUAUACAUUAGUUCGAGAAAUUCGAAAACAUAAAGAAAAGAUGAGCAAAGAUGGUAAAAAGAAGAAAAAGAAGUCAAAGACAAAGUGUAUAAUUAUGUAAAUACAAUUUGUACUUUUUUCUUAAGGCAUACUUAAGUAAAAGUGGUAAUUUUUGUACAUUACACUAAAUUAUUAGCAUUUGUUUUAGCAUUACCUAAUUUUCUGCUCCAUCCAAACUGUUAGCUUUUAUCUUGAAUGCUUAUUUUAAAUGACAGUGGAAACUUUUUUUCCUCUAAGUGCCAGUAUUCCCUGAGUUUUGGUUUUUGAACUAGCAAUGCCUGUGAAAAAGAAACUGAAUACCUGAGAUUUCUGUCUUGGGGUUUUUGGUGCAUGCAGUUGAUUACUUCCUAUUUUUCUUACCAAUUGUGAACUUUGGUGUGAAACAAAUUAAUGAAACUUUCGAAUCAUCCCUAUUCUGUGUUUCAUGUAGUCACAUACAUGGAUUAAUUACCAUUUAUAACUUCAGUUGAGAUUUCAUGAUUCGUUUUACUGAAACAUUGAGGGAACAUGAAUUUAUGGGCUUCUUGUAGAUUCAUCUUGUAGGUAUUAAUGUCCUAUAGUUUCAGUCACCCUUAAUGAAUGUAAAGUUACACUGUUCAUAAAGGUUUUCUCCAUCUUUUCACUGCUGUUUGUCAUAGUCACGCUCCCCAAAAUAUUAUAUUUUUUCUAUAAAAAGGGAAAAAAAGGAAAAAAAAAUACAAGGCAAUGGAAAAUGUUAAAAGGCAUUUACUUUCUGUAUUAGAUAAAUUCCUAUAAUACUCUGAAUAGCUUUUCCUGUUAAGGCAGACCCAGUAUGUGAUGAGGAUUAUAGCAACCAUUUUGGGGCUAUAUUUACAUGCUACUAAAUUUUUGUAAUAAUUGAAAAAAUUUUAACAUGUAUAAAAAAUUCCCAUAGGAAUUAAAUAUAGUCUCCCUGUGUCAGAUUGCUCUUUCUUAGCAUAACUUUAAAUCUUUUGUUGAACUUCAGUCUUAGAAAAUAGUUUUAAUUCUGGUAGUGACAUUAAAGAUUAUUUGGGCCAGUUAGCUUUAGUAGAUGUUAAAGAGACCAAGACUGCAAGGCCAGGCCUUGUGUGAACCUUUGAGCUUCAUUAAGAGUUUCAUGGUAUGGACUGCAUCCCUGUGGCCUCCCAGUGUGCUCAUGCAUUGGGUGGUCAAAAGUAGGGACUAGCAGAGUUUGGAUAAGUUACAUUCUCACUAUGUGGUGGUCCUCUGACAGAUCAGGAACAUCACUUUUAAAAAAACCAACAGAACUUUUUAAAAAACAUUAUUUUAAAUGAGAUUUUGGGGUUGGGGGUGGCAAGACUUUAAUUUUUUUUUAAACAAUGAAGUGAAAAAGUUUCAAAAUCUCUAGUAUUGGCUAGUUCUCAACACUGGCUAAAGUAACAUUUCAUAAACACUUUACAAGUAUGGUCCAUAUUUAAGAAUAUAUAAUUCUUAAAAAAUAAACUAAUAACAUGAUUCUUUCAAUGCGUUUAAGAUGUAUUUUUAAAUAUCUGAAGUAAGAUGGUGUGUUGAGGUGAAAAUAUCACUGGGCUAGGAGGAAGGUGACUUAGAUUCUAGUUACGUGUCUUUUACAAUUCACUUUUGGGCAAAUCACUUACUAUCCAUUUCUUCUAUGUUAAAAGAAGUCAUCUCAGAGGCUAUAUCUAGCAUUACAGCUAUGUGAUUUACAUUCAGUUUACAUAAGGAAUACCUAUUUGUCAAUCUCAGCACAAUCUGUAACUUUUUACCUGUGUUAUCUUCAGUGCCAGUCUUAGGCAAAGUUGUGCAAGAGGUGAAGUUUAUUUUUGAGUAUCUGCUCUCCAGUAUCAGUAUCAGUACUCCCCCACAUUAGUGUCAUCUUGCCUGCCUACCCUUCUAUAUGCCCCAUGACUUGAUGCUUUCCUUUUAAUACUUUUGAUUCCUCUAACCUCAAGAUUUAUUGCUGCUUUGGAUAUCUCUGUGAAGGCUUCCCAUCAAGUCACAUUAGUCAGGCCUAACAUAAUCUGACAGAUACUAUAGUGAGAUGGACCUAAUAGCUAAUUUUUAGAUGGUAGCUAUAUAGCAAUUUAACUUUGAUCCUUUUGAACAUCAUCUCUUUGCUACCCGGUCCAUUAGUGACUAAGUAGGAAUUUUCAUACCUGCUAUGAAUAGACAGAACCCUAUCCAGUGGAAGAAUUUGAUAAAGGUAGUACUGAAAGAUGUCCUUAGAUAAUCUAAAAUUAGGACUAGCCCUGGUAACAGUGAUACAUUCCAUUAUUUUGAUAAGCAAAAUCUUACAAUGAAAAAUACCUUAAAAUUUAAUUCACAAGGCUUACUUUUUAGCAGAAUUCAUUUAUUCAGCAACUAUUUGAGUGCCUACUAGAUGCCAGGUACUGCACAAGGCACUGGGGAUAUUACAAUAUCCCCCCAAAAGGGACAUGAUCCCUAUCCUUAAGUAGUGCUGAUAUUUUAGAGUGCUCUGUAAUAUCUUAGGCAUUUGGCACAUGACCCAGAGAUAACAUAAUGCAUAUUUUAGUUUUGCAAAGAAGGGAUAUGGUCUCUAAGGUUUCUUCCAGUUCUAAAAUAAUUGUUUUGCUCUGAUUCCAGUAAAGCUGUUUAAUCAAGCUACUUUACAUAAAUCACUUUACUUCAUUAUUUUAAAGGAGUAAACUUGACUAUAUAUUGUUUUUUAUUUGGGAUAAUUAUGUGAUUCUCUUGGGACAACUUAUAGUACAUAUUAAAUCAUAUGUCAGAUAAUAACAUUAAAAUUCCCAAGUGUGUAUUAUUCUAGUUGGUCUCUUUGUAUAAUAAUUAAAAUAGACUUAAAAUUAAAUAAUUGAAUUUAAAAAUAGUUUUAUUUAUCUGGGUAUGAAUAAACAGAUGCUUGAGCUAAUUCACAGAAAAAGAAAUUUCUGUGUAAAAAUCAGUCCAGUUUCUGAAAUGCUGUGCUAAAUUACAGGUUUAUGGAACAUUAUCUAGAUAGGGUGUUAAGACUUUAUAGUACUUCCUCUUGUUUCUACACAAGAGAAAGAAAUGGCCAUAUUUCAGGAAUUGCAGUGCUUAACUGAGGGAUUUUUAGGACUCUUGAAUUUUUUGAUGUAGCUGGGCAACUUUUUUUAGGCAGUGGUAAUUAUCCUUUAUUAUGUGAAUUUUGAAUGGUUUGACAAAAGGUUUGUUUUUGUAGGGAUUUUAAAAGGGGAGCCAUAAUUCUAGAAAUAAAUUUAUGUAAUUAUUACGGCCUUAAAGAUAAAAAUCCUUGUUGAAGUUGAAAAAAAUUGCUAAAUUACAUAGUCUUAGACAUUAACAUGUUUGUGGAAGAACAUAGCAGAAGUAUGUAGUAUAAUUUCAGUGAAUAUUUCCACUUAGGAAUUCUAGGCUCUAUUUUAACUGAGUCACACUGCAUAGGAAUUUAGAACCUAACUUCUAGGUUAUCAAAAUCUUUGCCACCAUUGCACAAUUUUGUCCUAAUAUAUAUAGAAAUUUUGUGAGGCAUGUUCAGUUGCAGUUUGCACAAGUUCAUCUCAUUUGUAUUCCGGUGAUUUUUUUUUUCUUCUAACCAUUUUCUUCUAAACGAUAUAUAUACACAUUCAGUUUUUCUGGUAGGCAAUAAAAACUGUCAUUUCCAUUGUCAAAAAAUAAUAAUUUCUUGGUAACUCUGUAUUAAUGGUUUUUUAAAAAAAUCAGUUACUUUAAAACUGAAUUUAUAUUUAAUAAUUUCUGUUAGUAUUGGGUAGCAUGAAAUCUGCAUUGAGAAAUUGAACAGCAUACAACUGGUAGCCGUAAAGUCCUUCAGAAAAUGAAAAUUAUUUCUUCCUAAAGAUACAUUUACAUGAGUUCUUGAAGAAUAGUCAUAACUAGGUUAGUAAUUGUUUUCGUUUAAUAGUUUUAAGUGCCUGUUUGGGAUGAUGAUAGGCAAUUUAUAUGAAUUUAGGAAAAAACAAAGUUUUCACUUGCAGAAAUGUCAAUUACAGAGGGUCCCCCUCCCCAUAGAGCUAAAUGGGUUAUGUAAUGUUUUAUCCAAAAGUUUCCAGUUCCACUGUCUUGUGUUUUCAUGUUGAAAAUACUUUUGCAUUUUUCCUUUGAGUGCCAAUUUCUUACUAGUACUAUUUCUUAAUGUAACAUGUUUACCUGGAAUGUAUUUUAACUAUUUUUGUAUAGUGUAAACUGAAACAUGCACAUUUUGUACAUUGUGCUUUUUUUUGUGGGACAUAUGCAGUGUGAUCCAGUUGUUUUCCAUCAUUUGGUUGCGCUGACCUAGGAAUGUUGGUCAUAUCAAACAUUAAAUUUAAAAAUGACCACUCUUUUAAUUAAAAUUAACUUUUAAAUGUUUAUAGGAGUAUGUGCUGUGAAGUGAUCUGAAAUUUGUAAUAUUUUUGUCAUGAACUGUACUGCUCCUAAUUAUUGUAAUGUAAUAAAAAUAGUUAUGGUGACUACGACAGUGUGUACUUCUUGAUGGAAUUUGAAACAUUUGCCCCACAGUUGAUACAGAACAGUAAUAUUAGUGAAUAUUAGUGAAUCUUUUGCAGCUUAUCAGUUAAGUAUAUUCUUUAUUUGUGAAAGGUGUUGUGAACAUUAUGUAAAGGUUUAAGUGUUUACUUAAAACCGUGCUAGAUUUAGGUCCAUUAUCAUGUUAAUUCAUUUAGAAGUAGAUGCAAAACAGAUCUACCUUUAUGAUGAAACAACAGAAUAACAUUAUUUAUUACUGUUUAUCAGUAAAGGUACUUGAUACACAACAGGUGACUUGUUUUAAGACCCAAAGAGAACCAGCAGCAAAAUUAAUGGAAGAUAUUAAAUAGGUAUGUAUGUAGUGCCAAUCACUGGCAGCCUACUUCAA